AUGGUGGAGGAGGAGGAGGGGGAGCAGGAAAGGGGAGUGGAGGAAAUGGAAAAAGUAGAGGGUGGUGGUGGAGGAGGAGGUGGAGGUAAAGGUGGUGGAGGAGGUGGAGGAGGAGGUAAAGGUAAAGGUGGUGGAGGGGGUGGAGGUGGAGGUGGUGGAGGAGGAGGAGGAGGAGGAGGUGGAGGUUGGGGUUGGGGCUGGGGAGGAGGAGGCGGUGGUGGUAGCGGAGGAGGUGGUGGUGGAGGCGGAGGUGGAGGAGGGGGCAAUUGUUGGGGAUGGGGAUGUUGGGAGUAUCCUCCAAAAGGCAACUAA